UCAAAAGAUGGCAUUAACACAUAAGGGUCGGCACAAAUCUAGCGAAAUUCCAAGGACUAGCCCAGUCACGAUGCAAAUACUCAGGGAAUCGGAGCUCCAGUUCUCCGUGGACAUGUACGCACAGCUGCAGUCCCAAAACAGAAACGGCGAGAACAUCGUGUUCUCCCCAUUCAGCAUUGCCGUAGCCCUUACCAUGACUCUUGCCGGCGCCCGAAACAACACCGCCGAACAACUCGCCACCCUCCUGCGCGUCAGAGACCACCAGGAGAAGAUUCACGAUCUGUACGCGAAAUUUCUCAACAAGCUCUCCAAAUUCGCCCCGCACGUCGAGUUCCACGUGGCGAACCGGAUGUACGGCGACCAACAAUUUCCGGUGCGGAAGAGCUACCGAUCGUACUUGGAGAACUCAUACGGCGCCACUAUCAGGUCCGUCGACUUUGUGAAAGACUCCGAAGCGGUUCGAGUCGAAGCGAACGCAUGGGUCUCGGAAAAAACCGCAUCUAAAAUUCAGGAGCUGCUACCAGCUGGAAGCGUCUGUGCUGGCACUGCGCUGAUCUUGCUGAACGCUAUUUACUUUAAGGGCUUCUGGAGGUCACCCUUCGAGGAAGCCCACACGGCAACUCGCGACUUCCACCUCGACUCAAAGAACACCGUGCAAGUGGACACCAUGUUCCAGGAAAGCCAGAGUUACAAAAUAGGCAGCUCCAAGGACCUCAGGGCCCGAGCUCUGGAGAUGCCUUACCGAGGUGGCAAGGUGUCCAUGGUGAUCCUACUUCCAGACGACGUGGAAGGCUUACCAUUUCUAGAAAAGCGUAUUUCGUCGGAAAGACUCCGUACGCUUCUCGGAAGCCUCCAGGAGAACAACAGUGUCCAACUUAGUGUUCCCAAAUUCAAGCUCGAGCGUAGCCUCGUUCUCAACGACGUUCUCAAGGCCCUCGGUGUCGUGGACUUGUUUACGCCGGAGGUCGCUGACCUCUCGGGUAUCUUCGAGGGCGGCAAGCCAGCGGUCUCCGACGCAGUCCACAAGACGUUCCUACGGGUUGACGAAGAUGGCACAGAAGCUGCUGCUGCUACAGGAAUGGUUCUUCAGCUUCUCUCCGCUGCCAUAAACCUGCGGCCGACAUACUUUACGGUCGACCAUCCUUUCAUGUUCAUAAUCAAGACUAAUGAGCCAGAUAUAAUUCUCUUUGUUGGCUCAGUGAGGAAACCAUGAAACGUGCUGCGAAGCAUGUUAACGUACGAUCUUUCUUGAUAAUUGAAAAAAUUCGGCACCUUUCUUUCCUUAGGUUGAGAGUGCCAACUAUAUAAAUUUUCCUGAAUCAGAUAGCAAAAUACUAUUCAUAAAUUUGAAGUGAUCUUGCAGUCUCUUAUA